AUGGAGAUGAAUAUAAUUUCGUUUAUCGAGGCUAAGGAUCUAUUUGCUAUAAUAUCUAUCACUACUCUGAUAUCCAUCUUGCAAAUUAGCGUUAAUGCUGAAUUUAAUGUCAUAAAUUAUGGAGCUUCUGGGAAUGGGAUCACUAACGACUCCUUGGCAUUCUUAAGGACAUGGAACAAUACGUGUAAUGCACCUGGCACUUCUACGAUGAUCAUACCUAAAGGAAAGACAUUUUUCCUGAACCCCUUGACCUUCAACGGUCCAUGCAAGGCUAACAAAAUCAGUGUUAUGUUUUAUGGCCGUGUUAUUGCGCCUGAUGGUCCAAAUAAUUGGAAAGAAAGGGAUUUGUCAACAUGGUUACGCUUUAAGGACAUAGCUUGGCUAACAGUAAGUGGAUCUAGGCUCCUGGAUGGACGUGGUGAAGGCUGGUGGGAUGCCUCCUGCAGAUACCGCCCUGGAAAGGGAUGUUUCAUUCUUAUGCCCACUGCUGUAAGAUUCGAAGGAUGUGAACAUUUGCAAGUGGACCACAUCAACAUUGUAAACAGUCCACAAUUUCAUAUCACUCUCUGGGGAAGCCGAAAUGCAGAGUUAAGAUUCUUAGACAUACAGUCUCCUGAAAGCAGCCCUAACACCGACGGAAUUCACAUUUCAUCCUCUAACGAUGUUACAGUCCACGACUCAAUUAUUGGUUCUGGUGAUGAUUGUAUCUCCAUUGGAGAUUACACUUCUAACAUUACUAUUCUUGAUGUUUCUUGUGGCCCUGGUCAUGGUAUAAGCAUUGGGAGUUUUGGUAGGGGUAGAAAUGAGGUGGAAGUGGAGGGCAUAUUUGUAAGUCGUGCUAACUUCAGUGGUACAACCAAUGGAGCUCGGAUCAAAACAUGGCAGGGGGCUAGAGGUAAUGUCAGAGAUGUCCAUUUCUCUGAUUUAAUCUUCACAGAAGUGGAAAAUCCAAUUAUCAUCGAUCAGCACUAUGGUGAUCCGCAAGAAAAAAAUCAAACCGGGGUGCACAUAAGCGAUGUGAGCUAUUCUAGGGCACAAGGCACGACGAAGACAGCAGUGGCUAUCAACUUCAAUUGUAGCAGUAGCGUUGCUUGCACCAACAUCGCGUUAGACAAUAUUCAGUUGAAAUCAUCUAUUCGAGGACAACAACUCUCUUCUUUCUGUAACAAUGCUUAUGGUAUCACUAAAGGGAUUGUGUACCCUAAGUCCUGUCUAACGUGA